AUGACAACUAUAUACCGUGAAAAUGAUAGGAUAUCCACUGUCGAUAAUGAUCUAGGGACAAUACGGUUCAUUGGGACAUUACCUGUUUGGGGUGACAAAACUAUAGCAUACGGAAUUGAAUGGGAUGAUCCUACCCGGGGUAAGAAUAAUGGAGAUCUAAAUGGGAUCCAAUAUUUCACACCAAUAAUUCCAGGAUCAGGCACAUUUAUCAAAUCUACAAACACAAAGAUAAACUCACAGCACAAGUCGUUUAUUGAUGUGGUCAAAGAGAAAUAUUUGGACCUGGAAUAUACUGAACAAAACAUUCAAAUUGGAAGCAAAAUUGUGGAAGAGCUUGGAUGGGAAAAGUUAAAUAAAUUCCAAUCAGAUUUAAAGAAUCUUACAUCAUUGACGUUAGAUUAUUGCUUGAUAUCAUUUGCAUAUAAUACAGAUCAAGAGAGCAAUAGCGGUGACAUUUUCGAUAAUCUUAAUAAUUUAAUCAAUUUGGAAUUGAGCUGCAAUUUGUUUUCUGAUUUGAAUGAAAUUUCCAAAAUUAUUGAUAAUCUUCCAUCGUUGUCACAAUUAAAUGUCAAUGGUAACAGAUUUGGUAAAUUUUCGGGCAUCCAGAAACCUCAUGAAAAUAUUAAAAGAUUACAAGUGUCUGGUACAUUACUUCCUUUGGAGACUGUGUCCAAUCUUGUCAAGAAGUUUCCUAAUCUAGAAGAGCUUUAUAUUUCAGGAAAUAAUUACACCGAUUCUGACAUUCAACAGUUUCUACUACCAGCUAGUGUCAAAUUGGUAGACUUGUCAUAUAAUAAGUUAACGGUUUUCCCAAACACAGCAAAUUCAGUCACAACUUUGAAUAUUUCUCACAACAAUUUAGCAACAAACAUCAUAAGCCAUUCUUUACCUACACUUGUCUCACUAGAUUUGAGAGCUAACCAAAUCAAUACCUGGAAGGAAAUCGAUUCAUUAUCUCGCUGCUUACCGAACAUAAAAGAACUUCGAAUGAAUCAUAACCCAAUUUUCAAUGAUUUAUCUAUCGAUGACAUGACUGUACAAUUAAUUGGAAGGUUUGAAUGCUCAAAAUCAGGCUUGUGGAAACUCAAUGGGACGUAUUUGAACGAAGAAGAAAUUGCAAAUGGGGAGCUUUACUUUAUUUCCAAGGUCGAACAAGGUGUUUAUCAAAUCGAUAAUGAUUCACGAUGGAAACACCUUCUUUCAAAACAUGAUAAAAAAGAACAGACAUUGGACAACACAUUUGAAGAAUGCAAAGAUUGGAUACAAUUGACUCUUGUAGUUUCUACGUCAACUACCAUAUCCAAAAAGUUUCUUAAAAGCACAUCCAUUCUCCAGUUUAAAGGAAUGAUGUCGUCAGCAUUAGAUGGACUAUCAAUCCUCAAGUUUUCAGUUUAUUUCUACACCAAUGAAGGAUCACGAUUUGCAGAGAGACAUGAAUUAGAAGAUCUUCUUAGCACGUUAGAUAAUUAUGGAUUACUAUUUAACCAGAAAGUUUAUAUAGAUAUAGAAGCAUAG